AUGACUUGUUUGAUACCUUGGAUCAAAUUCCCCAAGGGAGGAGGCUCUCCCUUUCCAUCUUCUGACUCACGUAAUGUGUCUUUUGAAACUAGGAAAUAUGUCCCCAUUUGCUCAGUAAAGCAGUACCGGGCCUACCAGGAGGACUUCAGUGCAGACUACACCACAUACCGCCACCUCCAUGACAGGAUUGGGAGUGUGAGCACGAGGUUUGUCCAGCUGGGCACAAGGCUUAGGCGAAUGCAGCAAGGAACCAAGGAGUACAAGGUCCUAGAAGAUCAGAUUUUGCAAGAAUACAGGCACUUCAAAAAGGUGUAUCCUAACUACCAAGAAGAAAAGAGGCACUGCGAGUAUCUGCACCACAAGCUCUCCCACAUCAAGGCUCAAAUCCUAAACUUUGAGCAGAAUGUCCCUUCAGCUGGGCAGAGGGACUGUGGCGAGAGGAGAUGAUGAGGGCAGCAUCACCUGCAACUCCUCACAGCAAGCACAGAGGGGCUCUAGUGUUUCACUGCAACUGCUUGCUCUUGGAGUGAGCUUUGUACAGCUUAAGAACAGGCCCGCUUA